AUGAAGUUGAAAAUCAUAGUGAGAUUCACCAACUCGUUGUCGUCCACGGAGAACUUACCGGACUUAACACUACCCAUUAGUGUCAACUUUGAUAAAGACAACAUCAACAAGUUGAUCACAGUUAACUGGUUGAAAGGAUCAAUACGAAGUAAAUCGCCACAAUGCAACAACAAGAGAUUGAAACUUAUAUACAAUGGCCGAGUGUUGAAUGACAAGACCGAUUUCGAUAAAGAAGUGUUGAGACCACGUCGCGCCGUGUUGAAUGAAGAUGACCCCAUUUAUAUUCACUGUGUUGUGGGUGAACGGCUCACGAAGAAGCAACUUGAAGAAGAAAACAGACUUGAUAAUCUACCACAGCAGGUAUCAACUACUCCAGAUGUCAUUGGGUUUGACAGGUUGUUGCAACAGGGAUUCUCAGCGGAAGAUGUUCAGGAUUUAAGAAGACAGUUUUUGCUGCUCUAUGGUGGCUCCCUCGCGGCGGGCUCCGGCGCCAGCGCAACCGGCGCCGGUGGUGACGCCGCCAGUUCAGGUCGCGAAAUUGCCGAUGUGGAAGAAAUUGAGAACCGGCAGCGUGAGUUGAGAGAAUUGGAAGAACGAUGGAUUGAGAGCACUUCCAACAACGAUUCUCCUGGUGGUGGUGGUGUUGGUGCUACAGGAGCUACCUCUUCCGCCGCCACAGCAGCAGCAGCUACGCAGAAUAGUCUCGACGGCGACAACACCGAGACCCAUGCCACGCAACCACCACUGCUAGAACUAGAAGAGUCGCAAGUCAACGAGGAUUUACUAUUGGGGUUUUUGGUGGGGAUAUUUCUCGGUGUCAUCUCCGUCGUUUUUCUCUUACUCGACGACACCAUUUUCAACAAACGGCAGAAAAUGUCUGUUAUUGCCGGUUUAUUUAUCAAUUUCUCCCUAGCCAUAGUUCGUGGACAAUGGUUAUAA